UCUGGGAUCCAACAAUAAUAAUACCUGUUAGCUUAUAAGAACCCAAAUUCAGUCUCUUCUUCCAAACCAUCUCAAAGAAGAAUUACCAAACAAAAAAACAUGCCAACUAUUCUGUUAAGAAUUUUCCUUCUUUAUAAUCUUCUUAAUUCUUUCCUUCUUUCUCUGGUUCCCAAGAAGCUUGUUAGGUUCUUUGUGCCUUCUUCUUGGUAUAACAGCAAUACCCACCAAGCCAAUCUUCUCAUUAACCAAGAACUGCAGCAACAAGAAGAAGAAGAAGAAACCCUGGUGGUACCCUCUGCCGCAAGGAAAAGAAUGGACUCCACAGAGCUAAAGAAAGUGUUCCAAAUGUUUGAUACGAAUGGAGAUGGCCGUAUAACAAAAGAAGAGCUAAAUGGGUCAUUGGAGAAUCUCGGUAUUUUUAUUCCUGAUAAGGAAUUAUCUCAAAUGAUGGAGACCAUUGAUGUUAAUGGUGAUGGGGGUGUUGAUAUUGAAGAGUUUGGUGCUCUGUACCAGUCUAUAAUGGAUGAAAAAGAUGAGGAUGAAGAUAUGAGGGAAGCUUUCAAUGUGUUUGAUCAAAAUGGUGAUGGGUAUAUCACUGGUGAUGAAUUAAGAUCUGUUUUAGCUUCUCUUGGGCUUAAACAGGGGAGAACUGCUGAGGACUGUAAGAAGAUCAUUAUGAAAGUUGAUGUUGAUGGUGAUGGUAUGGUUGAUUUUAAGGAGUUUAAGCAAAUGAUGAAAGGUGGUGUUUUUACUGCUCUUAGUUCAUGUAAUUGAGGGAAACAGAUCUUGUUCUAGGUUUGUAAAUAUUUUUGGAGAUCGAGAAAACAAUGGUGAUGAUCUUUGCCAUGUGGCUGUACCGCAUUGGUUCAUCAAGGGUUUAGGUGGACAAGCUGCAGUCAUCGGGUCAUUGACACGUGUUAACAUGGAAAUCUGAAACUGCGAAGCCGCUGGGACAAAUUGAGAGGAAUAGGAGAAGUAUUUUCUGUCCCAAAUUGAAUGACUACUUUGAUUAAUUUUUUCUUUUUGAGGGUGUGUUUCAGACUUUGUAAGAUUGGCUUGGUGGGUUAGUAAUUAUUUCUUAUUUUAUGCUCA